GCGUGCGUGGAUAAAAGGCCGAUUCAGGCAAAGUGGUCGGUUUGUUGGAGUUAGAGGAUCCAGGUGUGUUUAUAUUUUUUAAAAGUAAAUCUUGUUUCCAGACUGAGACGGCACCAUGAAUCCUGAUAUUGUAAAGGAAAGAAAAAGCGCUACGUUUGACGUCGAAAAACUGACCUUUAUUUUGGACGACGGCCCAGAAAAGACCAGAAGAAGGCGAGAAAUUGAAUCACUUGUUUUCAACGACCCAGACUUUAAGGAGGAAGACCCAAACUUCCUAUCCCGCAGCGAGCGCUAUGACCAAGCCAUUAGAAAAAGUGCCCAAAUGAUCCUGAAGCUCAGAGAGUAUGGUAUUGCUGACCCAGAGGAGAUCUACCACUAUAAGAGUAUGGUCAAAGGCAACAAUCAGGAGGCUAUGGGACUACACUUUGUCAUGUUCCUCCCGUUCCUGCACAGCCAGUGUGACCCUCAGCAAAAAGCGAAAUGGUUGCCUCUAGCAGAGUCCUACCAGGUGGUGGGCACCUAUGCCCAAACUGAGAUGGGUCACGGCACACACCUCAGAGGGCUGGAGACCACAGCCACAUAUGAUCCAGCCACUCAAGAGUUUGUCUUGAACAGUCCCACUGUCAGCUCCAUCAAGUGGUGGCCAGGAGGACUUGGAAAGACCUCAAACCAUGCCAUAGUGUUGGCACAGCUUUAUAGUCUUGGAAAUUGUCAUGGUCUGCAUGCUUUCAUUGUACCCAUCCGAGAUAUGGACACACAUGAACCACUGCCAGGUAUUGUAGUUGGAGAUAUUGGCCCCAAGUUUGGCUUUAAUGAGGUUGAUAAUGGCUUCCUGAAACUGGAGAAUGUACGAAUUCCACGGGAGAACAUGCUGAUGAAAUACGCCAAGGUGGAGCCAGAUGGGACCUAUGUGCAACCACCAAGCGCCAAGCUGACCUAUAGCACCAUGGUAUUUAUCCGCUCCAUGAUUGUGGCAAUGUCAGCCCGAGCCCUUGCAAAGUCCUGCACCAUCGCCAUCCGCUACAGUGCCGUUCGUCACCAGUCUGAAAUCCGUGCGGGAGAGCCAGAGCCUCAGAUCCUCGACUAUCAGACACAGCAGUACAAGCUGUUCCCUCUGCUGGCCACAGCAUAUGCCUUCACUUUUGUUGGCCAGUAUAUGAAUCAGACCUACCACCGUAUCAGUGAAGACAUCAACCAGGGGGACUUCAGCGAAAUGCCCGAGCUCCAUGCAUUGUCUGCGGGUCUGAAGGCCUUCACCUCAUGGGAAGCCAACGCAGCCAUCGAGGUGUGCCGCAUGUCAUGCGGUGGCCACGGUUACUCUCGAAGCAGUGCCUUGCCAGACAUUUAUGUCGAGUUCACCCCUACCUGCACGUACGAGGGAGAAAAUACAGUCAUGAUGCUGCAGACUGCCAGAUACCUGGUGAAGAGCUACAGACAGGCUAAGGCAGGCCAGCAGCUGAGCGGCAUUGUGUCAUACCUGAAUGAAGCAGAUGUUCGGAGGGUGCAGCCACAGCCUGUCGCUGCCAGACCAACUGUGGUUGACAUUAAUGACCUGACUAGCCUGGUGGAGAUCUACAAACUCCGAGCAGCCAUUCUAGUGGAGUUGGCAGCAAAGAGCAUCCAGCAGGAGCUGCAACGUAGGAAGAGUCAGGAGGAUGCCUGGAACAACAGUGCUAUUGACCUGGUCAGAGCCUCAGAUGCCCACUGUCACUAUGUUGUGGUGAAGCUCUUUACUGACAAGCUCGGGGAGAUUGGUGAUACAGCUAUACACUCAGUGCUGUCAACUCUGGCUCUGCUCUACACCCUGUAUGGCAUCACAAAGAACUCUGGAGACUUCCUACAGGCUGGACUGCUGAAUGUGCCCCAGGUUAUGCAGAUUUCUAUUCGAAUCAAGGAGCUGCUGGCUCAGCUGAGGCCCAACGCUGUGGCCCUGGUGGAUGCUUUUGACAUCCACGACAGGAAGAUGAAUUCGGUCCUCGGACGAUAUGAUGGGAACGUCUAUGAGCACAUGUUCGAGUGGGCUCGCCGCUCACCUCUCAAUGCCACAGAGGUACAUGAAUCUUUCCACAAGUACCUGAAGCCUCUGAGGUCCAAACUGUGAACUGAUCCAUGAACUUCAAUUCCUGGAUCUGGCCCUUUGACUCUACAGGCUCAAACUUAACAGUACUAAUCUAUGAUAUGUAUCCUGUGAUGCUUUUUACUAGCCAACAGACGUAUUUUUCAAAAAUUAAUCUUCUUUCUAUUUGUGGUCAAGCCGACAAUCAGCUUCUCUGAAGGCCACGGCAAAUGAACCCUAUAAGAUGAAGGAAGAGAGAAGGAAAUUUAAAGUGAGUGGAUGGAUAUUGUGUAAGAAAAUGGAAACAAAUCCAGAAUGAAAAUUUAAGUGAUCACAAAUAGUUUUUUGUAACUUAAAUUUUUAUUAAUUUUUUAACAGAGGAGUUACACGGCCAGCAUUAGCAAUAAUUAACAUACAUGUUAAUAAUGUAGAAUAUUUCCACAAAUUAAACAUCUCAGCAUAACGAUUUACAGUUUCAUGUGGGUUCAGCAUCAUCGUUAUACAUUCCUAGAAGGAAAAGAAAAAAGAGGGGAAAAGGAGAAGAGCUAGGCACCAUAAACCAAAACCCCAUCUCAUUGGACCUUUACAUGAAUAGGGCUUCUGCUGGACCCCACCAUAGGCUAAAAAUAGAUUUUUGAAGUCUUAAUAAAUAGGUUAUCUUUUCCAUUUGGUACAAUUCCCUUACUUUUUGAACCCAGGCAUUAUAGGAGGGUGGUUCUAAUUGGAUCCACCUAAUGGUGAUACAUUUCAGGGCUGCUGUGAAAAGGACAUCUAAAAUAUAUGAUUUAGCUCGUCCUUCCACACCAGCAGUUAUAAUACCAAGUAAUGCGACUGUUACGUCCUUUGGUAUAACCUCCUGAAAAAUCUGGUUUAUGGCCUCAUACACCUCAUCCCAAAAGUUUGGAGUUUAGGGCAUGACCAAAAAAUGUGUGUAUGAUUGGGCACCGCUGAGCUGCAGUUUCUCCAACACAAACUUGGUAUGUUAGGAUCUACCUUUGCGACUACAUCUUGGGGUCCUGAAAUAUCUACUAAUAAUUUUCCAUUUAUAUUCAAGCCACGUAUUUGAGUUUGUAGCCCCAUGUGCCUCAGUCCAGACUCCCUCCCAUAUUUCAUCAGAAAUAAUUUUGGCCAUCUCUGCCUCCCAUCUUUGUUUUGUCCAAAUGGGCCUAUUAAGAUUAAUUGACAGAAACACCUUAUAUAAUUUUGUUAUGAAUUUCUUAUCCCAUUCACCUUUUUGGAAUUGAAUUAGAAUAUUCUCUAUAGGUGUGGGAUUUAAUACUCUUUCCCAGUCUCUAUGUGUAAUCAGAAAAGAAUGCAACUGUAAAUAUCUAUAGAAAUCACAUUUCUGGAGAUGAAAGUACCUACUCUUCAAAUGACAUAAGGUUAUUCCAGUUGAUUAAUUGAUGUAGAAACGUAAGCCCCUGAUCAGCCCAUUUUGUAAAACUUUUGUCUAAGGAAUUAGGGGUGAAGGAUUUAAAAUGUCCAAUACUUGUUAAUAUUGAUAAACCUCUUGGCAACUUAAAUGCAACAUGUACUUUGUUCCAAAUGUUUAAUGUGAUUCUAGUUCACAUUGGCAGUUCCUUUAUUGGUAUAUCCUAAAAAUAGCAAUACCUACCAAUGAAGGACAGAGGUGUCCACAGCUCUAGAUCCUUCUUAAUUAUAUCCAUCGUUUUACUAUAGUUGGCAUGAAACAAAUCCUUGAAUGAAAGGGGGAUAUUGAUACCUAAAUAUUUAAUGUCCUCUCUAGGCCACCUAAACCGCCUUGUUGUUUUACUCCCAAUGGGAUACUGCUAUUAACAUCCAUUGCCCCUGUCUUAACAUUUAUUUUAUAGCCAGAAAAAUACCCAUAAAUAGAAAUCAUUCCCUUCAGGCAUAGAAUUAAUGUUGUAGGAUUGGUCAAAUACAUUAGAACAUCAUCUGCAUAUAGUGAUAUUUUAUGUUCUUCUGUGCCAGUCAAAAUACCCUUAAUUUCAUCAUUUUCCCUGAUGAGUUAGGCCAAUGGCUUAAUGCUAAUUGCAAACAGAAGGGGUGACAGAGGACAUCCCUGUCUACAUCCACGCUCCAGCUUAAACCUUGCCGAUCUGAAGCCAUUGACUCUGACAGCCGCUUGUGGGGAUGAGUAUAGUGUGUGUAUCCAAUCUACAAAUUUAGGCCCAAAUUUAAACUUCUUUAACAUCUGAAUAAGGUAUUUCCAAAGGUACAUGGUCAAAUGCCUUUUGGGCAUCUAGAGAUAUUACAGCCGUCAUAACUUUUUCUUUUUUGGUGAGGUAUAAUAAUAGACGACGCAAAUAAUUUCCGUAAUGGCUCCCAGCUAUUUUUUAUUUAUUUAUUUUUUUUUAAACCUUUAUUUUAGCAGGUAAAAUGUUUGAGAACCAAUUCUCAUUUACAAACACCUGACCUGGUAAUAAACCCGGUUUGAUCUGGAUGUAUGAUUUGAGUUAAUGACAUUUAAUCAACUAGCCAGAAUACCCGUCAAAAUACGUACAUCCCCAUUAAGAAUAGAUAAUGGUCUAUAACAGGGCUCUUCAACUCCAGGCCUUAAGAGCCCCUGUCCUGCAGGUUUUAGAUGUCUGAGUCAAAUAUAGAAGUCAUUAGAACUUGAUUGCAUACUGAGGAGAUAAUUCAGCCAUUUGACUCAGGUGUGUUGGGGACACAUCUGAAACCUGCAGGACAGGAGUUGGCCUGGAGUUGAAGAGCCCUGGUCUAUAUUAUGAACCACAAUCAGUGGGAUCCUUACCUUCUUUGUGUAAUACCAUUAUAGUUGCAUCAGACUAGGAUGGUGCCAUUGUUUUAGUUUCUAAAGCAAAAUGAUAUGCUUCCAAUAAAAGUGGAGUAAGAAUAUUUAUGAAACAUUAGUUUUAGUUUGACCUACUUUUUCAGCAGAACCCCCACUGAAAAUUUUUUAUUUUUUUUUAAUUCUGUGCUGGGCCUGAACUCAUUUGUGAGCAGUAAAGAUGAAAAUGGAAUAUGUAAUGGAAUUUUUUUUUUUUUUUUUUUUUUAAAUUAAUAAACGGAACAGAAUGUCUUGAUGAAUGUUGCAUAAUGCAACAGAUCAGCUAACAGUAAAAUCAGCAGGGCAAACUGUGCUUUUUUUUGUUUUAAUUUAGAGGCCUUUGUCCAUAACAUUUAUUAAUCAUGGAGAUUGAGGAGUAAUUUCACAUAGAUGAUGCAACCUUUCUUCCUCACAAGUGAUCGGCAUCUGCAUCCUAGAAACUAUAGCCCCCCAAGCCUUAAACUGCCUAAAUCUUCCAGUUGUAUUUCAGCCACAAAGGUGAAUCAGUCUGUCUGUUUGCUUAUUUCAUAUUCUGCUUCUGUUCCCAUGUAAUCAACAUUGUCUCACAUGACAAUUCAGCCUUAUUGGUUCUCCAUAAAUAGAAGCUGAGCUCACUGGACAGCUGUGUGUGAAACGGUGUGUGAAACGGUAGACUGACUGACCAAGUUCCUCACUUUCGGGUUCUAAAAUCUUCAGUUUGAGUGUACUGGCUCAGUGUCUGUAAAUUCUCAUAUGUGGAUGUCUGGAUGAUUUUUAUUUUUUAUUAAAGACUUAGGCCGUGAGCUUAAAUCUAAAGCCUCACUGUAAACUGUAAUGAUGAUUUUCUAUAAUAACUGUGCCUGACUGUUAAUUAAGAAUGUUCUCACAAAAUCCUUGUUUUGAUCAUCUAGCUAAUGAUUUGAUUUCUGCUGUAAGUUCAGUUAUCACUGUGUCAAGCUGUUAAUGAUCUUAUUUGUGCAGUCAUUAUGUUUGGAGGAUUUGUUUUUAUUCUUUGAUCUAAUUCAGAAUGUUCUCGUGAUUACUUGGAUUUCACUUGUUUUUCCACAAACCUUUUGCUUUGUUAGACGGUCACAGUCAUCACCAUAUAAUCACUAAGCUGUUGAUUAUUAUUGGCCUACUUUUUUAAAACAUGUUUCAUUGAGCAUUAACUGUUUUAAAAGUUGGCAAUUAAAGAAAUGGCCUGAAAUA